AUGCUGGCCAUCGAUGCCAAGAGACUCUACGAUACUACUGCACAAGUCGUCCAGAUGCUUCUCCUUAUAAACAAGACAGCUUUGCAGGGCGAUAACUUUAGGGAUUCUCCUUAUGAUCACAUUGCAAAGCGGGUUAUGGACGGCCUUGCUCAGGCAUGUGGUGGAGCCCAAGAUCAGCAACAGGGCACUGAGGUCUCUGUCAAGUCUUUCGUCUCGUUUUUAGUCGACCUGACAGGUUUGACACCGGACUCAGGUUGUGGUCUAGAGGAAUUAUCGGAGGUAAACUCCGAGCAAGUAAUAGCAAACAAAGUCCAAGACAUACUCAACUUUCGACGUGGCUUAGACUUCAUCCCCGACCUGCGGGAUACCGCCGGUAUUUACCAAAAGAUGCCCACGCGCAUCCAGAAAGACCUCGUUCAGAGUUUGGAGUCCAUCUGCUCCACCUCCACCGACGACAACCUAAGAGCUGCUGCUGCAUUCAGCAUUGCUGUGGCUCACGUCAAUGGUGUUGGAGUUCGUUUCGACAUUAACAUGGCUCAUGACUCCCUACUUCGUGCCGCGAAAUGGGGCCACGAGCAAGCACAGGCAAUGCUCAUAAACAUUUUCGACCAUCAAGGGGCCCCAGAUGCUACCGUAUCUUUGGGCAUGUGGGUCGACUGGCUCAAAAGAACCGCUAUAUUAGGCAGUGACACGGCGCUCAAAAAACUGAAGGCGGCAUCAGUUUCGUCAUGGAGAUCAGCUCAGGAAGUAAGCCAGACGAAGUGUUUGGAAUCCGAGGGCUUUGGUCUUCCUCAGUCACAGCAGGCAUUCAUUGACGUGCAAUGUGCGGGACAACUUUCCACAUCGCAGUCACUGGUAUCGGCCAUUUUCCACGGAAGGAGUGAUUUGGUUGAAGAGCUCAUCGGGAAUAAUCCCCAGAUGCUCAACCAGCCAGUCUCAAAAGCUGGUGAAAGUCCACUGCUGAUUGCAUGUAGACUUGCCCGAGUGGAUAUCGUCAAGCUGCUGGUCAAAAAGCAAGCAGAUGCCAGCAUAGGAGACACCUCGGGUAUCUGUCCGUUGCAUUGGCUCUGUGUUCUUCCCGAUUCCGACGCGGGUCCUAUAGCGCACCUGCUGCACAAGCAGGGUGGAAAUCCGAACGCACUUGCAGUUACGUAUGUGCGGGAUGAGUACUUGAGAAAUUUCCAACCUCGACCUGCCAAUGCCACGAAGGCAUGGACUCCGUUGCACUGGGCAGUCGCGGCGAAGAAUCUGGCAGCAGUUGAUGCACUGCUAGCUGUUGGUUCAGACCCUCUGUUCCGUGCAGAUUGCAAGGUCGGCGACUCGGUGCCAUUGGAUUCCUUGCAGAUGGCAUCUUACAUGUGUCAUUCGGCAAUUCUCUGUCGGAUUCUACAAAGCCCAGGGGCCAGUGAAGGAGUUGAACACGGUGCCGAUGGUCCAAGGAAAGGAGGUAGUCAUUCGACCCCUCUUUGGGCCUUUACAAGGAAGUUCCCGUUGGUCACGGCUCCUACGACAUGGUCUGAAUUUUGA